UGCGACUACAAGUGACAAUACUUACUCCGGACAGUAUAAAAAUUACGCAUCCAUCAAAUCGUUAAUAUGAGUAACUUUUUGUGUAAAGGUUUGUUCCAACAACCUAUAAAAUCUUUAUUUUCUAAAUCUAACUUAAUAAUUGCGAGGUAUUGUAAGAAUACAACGUUAACCGAACCAAUCCCGUUCUCGAAGGAUUUCCUUUUUCGUCAAAUGUUCGAUCCCGUGUCCUGCACAUACACAUAUCUAUUGGCUGACAUCACAGGCAAAACAGCAGUUUUAAUUGAUCCAGUCAUGGAAUGGGCAGAACGGGAUAAAGCUGUUAUCUCGGAACUGGGACUAAUAUUAAAAUAUGCUAUAAAUACGCAUAUGCACGCUGAUCAUAUCACCGGAACAGGAAGGUUGAAAUGUUUGUUACCUGGUUGCCAGUCAAUGAUAUCACGUAGCAGCGGCGCUAAGGCCGAUAUACUCUUGAAUCCCGGUGACGAAAUUAGCUUCGGUAGGCAUCAUUUACGGAUACUGUCUACACCUGGUCACACCGAAGUUGUACCGGGUGGUUCUGCAGAAGUUUUGUACAACUCUGUUCAUUCCCAGAUUUUUACAUUACCGUCGAAUUAUAGAUUAUAUCCAGCUCACGAUUACUCUGGUAGAACAGUAACGACAGUGGCCGAGGAAAAAGUUUUAAAUCCGAGAUUAACGAAAUCUUUGGAUGAAUUUGUUCACAUAAUGAACAACCUUAAUCUGCCCUAUCCAAAAAUGAUCGAUAAAGCAGUGCCAGCUAAUAAAGUUUGCGGACUAUACGAAGUUCAAGAUGCACAAAAACAAUAAUAAGAUAGUCUUUCCAAUGACAUUUGCAUGUUAAUCGAUUGACCAGACGUUGAUUCGAUUUUUUCAUUUUGCGCUGAAAAGAUGUUAACUAUGCGUUGAAUAAAAAUAAUCUCGGUUUGGGAAUUUUAUUGGGAAAUGUAUAACAGAUAACAGCAGCGCACAAAAUACUGUUGUUAAUUAACACCCACAUCCUGUACAAUUUUACAAUCCGUAGUAGUACUGCAAUUAAA